GUGGAAUGGAAAUGUAACUUUAAUGAGAUGAUUAUAAGGUAUAUAUUCUUUUAUACAUGUGGAAGAAAAUAAUUUCAAGAAAAUGGAACGCAGCGGAUGGAUGCGUGAGGAGUAUGUGUGCGAGAGGGAUGGAGAAUAAUGGCAAUUAUGACGGAACGACGAGAACAUAGAAUACGGUGUUUCUUUAUGUUGGAGUCUUUAAUUUGUAAAUAAGUAAGAAAUAAAGGUUUUGAAAGUGUUUCACGCUUUUAUUUUUAUCAUAAAUCCCACAUGUACUAUGUAAAAUGUUUAUUGCAAGUACAAGUACAUAUAUUGCAAGUAACCUUUAGUAUAAAAAGACUAAACUAAGUACAUGUUUUAGUUAAUACACGAGUAAGUAGAACACUAAGGUCCGUAUUACAGAUGGCUACUCAAGUCCAGUUUGAUGUUAAAUCACCUGAUCAUAGUUUAAAUAUUGAAUCUGCACUUGAGGGUCAUUCUUAUUUCAGAGCAUUACUUAAACUUCAAUCAGCUGAAUCGAGAUUCAAAUCGCGUCUCAAGCAGAGAAUAUGCCUUGUUUAUGAAUCAGACUGUCUUCGUUUACAAAUGUAUCUUUCCCGAAAUUCUGGUUCAACAUACGCAAAAUAAGAAUUUAGUUUCAAACCGAAUUAAUAAUUAUAUUGUAGUUUUAAGACAAUAUUAGCUUUUUACCCUUCGAUUUUAUUUAAAAAACUUAAUUUCACGUGGCGUAAAAGUAUUAAAGAAUGUGAAGUCGGAUAUAAUAUUUAAAAAUUCAAAAACACAUUGACGUGUUCCUAGAAUGGAAUGUUUUAUAGGUAUAUCUGUGGUGGUGGAGAUUGACACUUGACAGAAUAAUUUAAAUACAGUUGUUGAUUUUUGUAAUCAAUCUAUUUAUAAUAGUGUAACUUAAUUGUACUUCUCUUUUAUAUUAAUUGUUCUGUAAAAUGUCAGGAAGAAAGAAAAAUUUUAGUGUUUUGGAACGAAAUUUAUUAAUAGAAACUCUCAAAGAGUUCAAAGAUGUUAUAGAAAAUAAAAAAACAGAUAGUGUAAGCGCAGCGAAGAAGAAGUCUGCUUAGGCGCAUAUUGCGGAAAAAUUCAAUGCCUCAUUUAUGAUUAAUGGACCUGUAAGUAUCUUCUUAUAUUUAUAUUCAUUAUUUCCUAACCGUCACUCACCGUUAUGGUUUCAUGUCAGUUUUAAAAGUAUCUUAAUUACGGAUAAAAAAAGUUCUAAGCAGUCAAUAGGUAAUAUAACCUACUAUUGGUCAUUUAUUUUUACUCCUCAAUGUUAAAGGCGUCAGGAGAACAAUUAAGGCGUCUUUGGCAAAAUUUGAAGACCCGGCAAAGAGAUGCUCUCACAAGAGAGCGUCAACAUAGAAUGGCCACUGGCGGUGGUGGUCCCUGCCCUGAUGCUGACAUCGACCCAAAUAUAGCCGAGAUAUCUCCCGCUCUCUUCGUGGAAAUACAGGAUACUUUGGACUCGGACCAUAUUGAGGUAGAAACUGUUCAGGAAACAAGUAACAUGGAAACAGAUGUAACCGCCACUGUUCCUGAUCCUACAUCCAAUCCAAUCAUUUCACAUAGUGAAAUUCAAUCUGAUGAUCCUAGCUCUGAAUUUUCAUCAAAUGAAAAAAAACUGCGUGUACAAAUUUUAAAAGCAGAACACAUCAGCAGAGAAAAAAGAGCAGAAGAAUUACACAAGCUCCAAGUAAAAUUUCUGCAAGAAAAACAUGAUGUAGAAAUGCAAAUUAUGAAAGAAAAAUUAAAAGAAGCGAAAGCUAAAGCCGAGUCAGCACAACAUCACCAGUGAUAUAAGUCAUUUUAAUGUAUUUUUAAUGAUGAAGAAUUAUUUGUAUUAAGACCAUUGAGA